GGAAGCACCAGGCACUGGGAGGCUGCGGGACCAAGCCACAGCCCAUCAGAGAGUGCUGGGGAUGAAGCUGGGGGCCGCCUGCCUGCUGUGCCUGCUGCUCACCUGCCUGACCCUGCCCGGCGCCUGCAGCCGCCGCCACGAGCACUCCAUGGAAACCCGCAACCCGGACAUCGACCCCUCCUGGUACACAGGGCGCGGGAUCAGGCCCGUGGGGCGGUUUGGGCGGCGGCAGGCACUGGAUGAGGGCAUCCAUCCUGGGGGGGCUGGCCACCGGCAAGCUUGUGCCCCCCCACACCUGCACCUGCAGCCCCCCCGAGGGGAGCGGAGCCUCUGAGCUGGAGCCCGCAAUAAAAGCCCUUUUGCUCUCA